UUUAAGUCAUCAUACUUGCAUGUUUAAUUUUCGGGCAAUGUGGGAAGAACUUCGUAAGUUCGGUCUGGAGUACUGUGACCUACCGACUAUGAUAGGGAACAUCGGGGUGCUGCUGAGACCACUUACAGUCAAUAUAGACAGCACAUACAAAAAAGGUAUGUCGCGACUGGCUUUACGAAUACAAGUUACAGGCACACAGACUCAGAAUCAGGACAAGCAUUCGGGGUACAUGCUUUUUUACGCGGGGAUCAAACACCCAUUCUUAACAAAAAAAUCACUUAGUCAAUUUCUAUUUUCAGGAAUACCUCUUAUCUUCUACAUAGUGACAGGGGUCUCGUAUAUCUUCUAUCUCUACAUAUACUUGAUCUGCAUGCUGUGGUUCGUGUUCGUCCGGAGCCCGGUCACGGGGCAGAAGGACUCCGCCAUGAUAGCCGCGUCCCUGGGCAUAUGCAGCGAGAUCGGGACAAUCAAACUACUGUUUAUGUUGCUUUAUAUAGACAAAAUACGAGCGCUUACAGACGAAUUCCGUGACUUUGACUCCAAAACGGCCCUGAGCAGCCGAUUCUCGAAAAACCUUCAAAAGCAUUUGCGGAGCACCAAGAAAAGGGCCAUCACAUAUUGGACUUUCAUGUCGAUCAAUGGGGUUCUGUUCAUGACGAAACAUUUCAUCAUCCCUGAACAUUUGACUCAGGACACUUUUGUUCUUUACGGUAAUAAACUCAACUAGAUGAAAUGU